UCUUCUUCUUCUUCUUCUUCUUGUACGUUAAUCUGAAGAACAAAAAAUAACCUGAUUGAUUUCCUUUGGUAUCUCUAGGGCUUCAUGAGCCAAAGAUUGUAAUGCCAUUAAAAAAACAUGUUCAUUAGAAACGAAAUCACUCAGAUCUAACCCCUCUGAAUUCAUUUCCGAGAAACCAACGAAUCCUCGAGAUCGGAAUUUCAGAUCGUUGUCAGUGAAAUUACGAUCCAUAAUCGAAUCGUAGUUCGCGUGGUUUUUUUUUUGUUGCAUUUGGUGAUGGCUCCGGCACGGAUUCUAACGAGGGACGAAGAGCUUGGAGCGAUAUCGGACGAUGAUGACUCGCCAUCGGGAAAGCGAUCUAAACUCGAUCGAUUCCCUCUUAGCCGGUGGGAACUCGCGGUGUCUCUCGGUGUCUUCCUUGUUUUCUCCUCCGGUCUCUGCUGCAUCUACAUGACCAUGCCUGCUGCAGAAUUUGGCAAGCUCAAGCUCCCUAGAAGCAUCGCUGAUCUCCGCUUACUCAAAGACAAUCUAGCAAACUAUGCGAAUGAAUAUCCGGCGCAGUUUGUUUUAGGGUAUUGUGCGACCUACAUUUUCAUGCAGACCUUCAUGAUUCCAGGGACCAUCUUCAUGUCACUUUUAGCUGGAGCUCUCUUUGGUGUUAUCAAAGGUAUUUUCUUGGUUGUUUUCAACGCAACCGCAGGAGCUACUUCGUGUUUCUUUUUGUCUAAGUUGAUCGGCCGGCCACUGAUUACUUGGCUAUGGCCUGACAAAUUGAGAUUCUUUCAGGCAGAGAUUGGUAAGCGUAGAGAUAAGCUUCUGAACUAUAUGUUGUUUCUGAGGAUAACACCAACUCUGCCAAAUCUGUUUAUCAAUUUGGCUUCUCCGAUUGUCGAUGUACCUUUCCAUGUCUUCUUUUUGGCGACAUUGGUUGGCCUCAUACCGGCUGCUUAUAUUACCGUCAGAGCUGGCCUCGCUAUUGGAGAUCUCAAAUCGGUGAAGGAUCUGUAUGAUUUCAAGACAUUGUCGGUGCUUUUCCUCAUCGGGUUUAUCUCCAUACUUCCAACAAUAUUGAAGAGAAAGAAGAUCUACGAAUAACCAAGGAGAAGUUGUCUUUACAAUACACAGGCUCUUAGCCUUUGAUGUCGUAGCCUUACAGUGGACAGGAAGAAUACACUUAACUUGUUAGAGGACACAACAGAACAAAAACGUUGAUUCGUUUACUUGGCACUUGUCGUAGUGGUCGUUUUUUAUAGUUUCUUUUUUUGAAGUUUUGUGUUUUCUUUUGAGAGUAGAUGUUGAGUAGAAAUUAUAGAAGCAAUACAUUCUUUUGUUGCUCUGUCACUAGAUGACAGACCAUCAAGUAUUAUAAAAAGAAAAACUCGAGCAAUUUGCAAAGACAAUUUGAA